UUGUACCCAUCCUCUACUGUCAUCCUACCCUAGAAAUACUCUGCCCGAAUAAUCUAUCUUUCUGAUCAACACCUUUAUCAUACCAGUCAGAGGGCCAUACGAGAUUGCCGUUGACGUCUGCACACUGUAUUUAUUUUUUGUAAAGCGAUUGGAAGGGUGUGAUAGUUACAGAUAGGCUAUUCAUUCUCUCUCGGUGAGCGAGUCGGUGUAGUCUACGGAUCAGAUUGCUCCUGUUUGAAUUUUUUUUUCUCUGCUGUGUUGCCAACUGUUAGGAUUUCAUCAUGCAAAAAAGAAGGAAGCCAGAGCCGAUCCAGCUGAACCCAAUUCCAGAUGGCAAUACUAUAAACGGAACCGGGGCCUCAGAAACAAAUCUGGAAGCUCUGCAAAAGAAACUGGAGGAAUUGGAGCUAGAUGAGCAGCAAAAGAAGCGCCUGGAGGCUUUUCUUACCCAGAAGCAGAAGGUCGGAGAGUUAAAAGAUGAUGACUUUGAGAAGAUUUGUGAGUUGGGUGCAGGCAAUGGAGGGGUUGUCUUCAAGGUCUUACACAGACCCUCCGGCCUCAUCAUGGCCAGGAAGUUGAUUCACCUAGAGAUCAAGCCAGCAAUAAGGAAUCAGAUCAUCAGAGAGCUGCAGGUGCUGCAUGAAUGUAACUCACCCUACAUAGUGGGCUUCUAUGGGGCUUUCUACAGUGAUGGAGAGAUCAGCAUCUGUAUGGAGCACAUGGACGGUGGCUCCCUGGACCAGUCAUUGAAGAAAGCAGGCAAGAUCCCAGAACAAAUACUGGGCAAAGUUAGCAUUGCGGUGAUUAAAGGCCUGUCCUACCUGCGGGAGAAACACAAGAUUAUGCACAGAGAUGUAAAGCCAUCCAACAUCCUGGUAAACUCGCGCGGUGAAAUCAAGUUGUGUGACUUCGGUGUGAGUGGACAGCUUAUUGACUCCAUGGCCAAUUCAUUUGUGGGCACCAGGUCUUAUAUGUCUCCAGAACGUCUUCAAGGUACUCACUACUCUGUCCAGUCUGACAUAUGGAGUAUGGGUCUCUCUCUGGUGGAGAUGGCCAUCGGACGCUUCCCUAUCCCGCCACCAGACGCAAAGGAACUAGAGCAAAUCUUUGGUCAGCCCCUCGAGGGUGACCCCUCGGUCAGUGAGUCCUCCCCAAAACCCAGGCCCCCUGGUCGACCCGGGAGCUCAUAUGGUCCGGACAGCAGACCACCUAUGGCUAUAUUUGAGCUGCUUGACUAUAUUGUGAAUGAACCACCUCCCAAGCUGCCAAGCAUAUUUGGUGCAGAAUUUCAAGACUUUGUUAACAAGUGUUUAAUCAAAAAUCCUGCAGAAAGGGCAGACCUCAAGCAGCUGAUGAGCAUCAGUGAGAUCAGACACUGAUGUUGGGCGAUGGGGCCUGACGCACAGUUGAUGUUCCAAUUCAUCCCAAAGAUGUUAAGGCCUGGAUUUGAGAUCAGGCACUGAUGUUUGGCGAUGGGGCUGACGCACAGUUGAUGUUCCAAUUCAUCCCAAAGAUGUUAAGGCCUGGAUUUUGUGGGAGCCUGUUAAAUUCUUCCACAUCAAGACUCAGUAAACCAUAUCUUUAUGGGCUUUACUUUGAACCCAGCGGCAUUGUAAUGAAAACGGCACUGAAAAUGUUGCCACAAGUUUGAAAGCUCACGGUUCUCUAGAAUGUCGUUGUAUGGUCUUGCAUUAAGAUUGGCCGUCACUGGAAGUACUGAAAUAGCCAAACCCGUUAUUUAGAAGUGGUCCACAUACUUUUGGUGAUGUAGUGUUUAUUCUUCCCUAUUCUUUGAACAGAUAUGCAAUAGAUUUAACAUUACCUUCUUUUUCAGGUACAUCCCUUCAUAAAGACAUCAGAGGCAGAGGAGGUUGACUUUGCUGGAUGGCUAUGCAGCACCAUUGGGCUAAACCAGCCAGCAACUCCAACACACAGUGCGGGAAUAUGAGAGCAAUUAUUGUUUUCUAAGCUAACCAACGACAAACUCCCACCAUCUAGUGUUUUUCCACCUGCCAAUCAAUCCAGAGGCUAAAAGCAAACUACUGCCUCCUGAAACCUCCAUCUUAUUUUGUUGUCUUGAGUAUUAUGAGAUGUAUACAACUGUAACAAUGUGUCAUGCCUUGGAUGCUUGAAUUCUGUUCUGCCAAAUAUUGUUAGAUGCCUUGAUUGCAUCCAGAAGGCUUUGGCUAUUAAUAUGAGAUUAAAAUCACAAUAUUGCUAUCAGGAUAGUUCACCCUUAAAAAAUUAAAAUUGUGACAAUUUACCAACACUCAUGUUGGUACAAAUCCAUACGACUUGCUUUCUUCAGCAGAAAACUAUUUUUUUUUUUUUUUAAAGAAUGUUGAUAGUGUAGCUCUUUUCCAUAAAACUGAAUGGGGACUGAGGCUGUUAGUAACCAACAUUCUUCCGAAGAUAUCAAGUCAUUUAGGUUUGGAACAACACAAGGCUAAGUAAACAAUUUUUUUCUAUGGUGAACUAUUUCACCUCAAGUUACUUGAUUUAAGUAAAUAUGUGCAAAAGAUCCCCUAUGAUGGUUAUGUUGACUUUUAAAACUUCAUUUCUAUGGCUGCACUUACCAUCAAGCUUCCCCUUUGAGUGGUUACUUUAUUUCACUGUAAUGUUUUGUGUUCUGCUUUAUCCCAUUUUAAAUAUGAUG